ACAGAGAAAGUACCUUGGGUUGUGGUGCAGGUUUCAUCUUACUAAGAGGUGGUGAAUUCGAGCCUGUAAUAAGGAGAUCUUUCACUUUCGUGCAAUGCGCUAUUUAAAUUUAAUUUGAGUUCCAAUAUUAGAAAAAUUGAAAAAAUAAAAAACAGAGAAAGCAUGAAAAGAUGGACGAAGGGACCCAUGUGUGGAGAGCGCAUACGAGUAAAACUACAAAAAUGAAAUUUUUUGGGUAUGUAGAAACUAAUUGUGGAUUAGGGCUUUUCUUGAUCUAAAAAAAUGGGGCGAAGGAAGUUGGAAAUAAAGCGAAUCUCCGAGAAGAGUAGUAGGCAAGUGGCGUUCUGUAAACGCAGAAAAGGUUUAGUAAAGAAAGCAAAUGAACUCUCAAUUCUUUGCGAUGUGGAUGUUGCUGUUGUUAUCAUCUCCAAUCGUGGCAGGCUCCAUGAAUUCUCCAGCAAUAACAGUCUGACAGGAAUACUUCAACGAUAUGAAAGCCACGUCGAAGCAGAAAAAGAGAUCUCUGCAGAAAUACAGGUUGCAGAGCACUCUAAAUACUCAGGGUUCACAACAAUGGGAGAACUGCUACAAACAACAGAAAGGCAACUCGAGGAAACUAAUGAUGAUGGUCUCACUGUGACUGACCUUAUCCAUUUGGAGGAUGAACUUCAAACUGCUCUAAUACAAGUCAGAUCUAGAAAGACACAUUUGAUGCUUGAAUCUGCUAAGGAUCUUCAUGAGAAGGGAAAAGUGCUGCAAGAGGAAAAGAAACAUCUGGAGGACAAUAUAGCUACUAUGAAGAAAAACAGACAAGUAUAUGAGAUGUCUGCGGAUUUCGCUGACCUGCUAGCACAGAGAGUGACUCUCAACCUCUUCUAGUGAUUGUCAAAUACCCCCAUUGCAGAGGAAUAACCUGAAAUAUUAGCAAAACUCAACAUGUCUCCAGAAAUAACUAUUACUGUGCACUGUUCCCCUAUGUAGGUGUGUUCAAUCACUUUGUUGGGAACAUUUAGAUAUCUUCUAAGUGAUGCUGGUCUUAAAGUUCAAAUAAAAAUAUCCGAAAUUUGGGUUUGACAAUCUCUUCUAGUGAUUGUCAAAUACCCUCAUUGUACAGGAAUAACCUGAAAAAUUAGCAAAACUCAACAGGUCUCCCGGAAAUAACUAUUACUGUGCACUGUUCCCCUAUGUAGGUGUGUUCAAUCACUUUGUUGGGAACAUUUAGAUAUCUUUUAAGUGAUGCUGGUCUUAAAGUUCAAAUAAAAAUAUCCCAAAUCUAGGUUUGACAAGUCUAGAUCUCUUUAUUUGUAUGACUUAGAUUCUUGUAUUUUCUCGAGAAAAGUGAUUAUAUUGAUGGAAUUCGGUAUGA